AUGAGACAAGACCGGGACAAGUGGCAAUUGGUUAGAGACCUAACUAAAGAGGAGAUGGAGGAAAUUACAAAAAAAAACAAUGGAUACGAUUUUUUAAAGAAAAUGCAAACGGAAUAUACCGCUGCUUUUAUUAAAAUUAUCAAGAUCACACAAGGAUAUUUUAGUAAUCACAAAAUGAUGGAAAAUGCGGUUGAACUCGCAAUGAGCAAGAACGAUCUAGCGAAGGUUUGGAUGGUGCAUAAUCUCAAAACGGUUUACAAGAGCGGAAAAAGUGACCAGGCAAAGCCCUCGAGUAAAUUACCACUAAAAAAUAGUUCUCCAGAGGUAAAUGUUUCUUUAUCGCAAACACCUCCAAAUCGGAUUUAUAUGGAGUUAGUAAAUAUGGCAUCAAGAAACUAUAAAAAUAAUUUACCUCCAGUUACGGGGAACGAAAAAGAGAAGAUUAAUUUGGAGGAAAAGGAAGUUGUCAAUAUGAUUAAAGAUUGGAGGAUUAGAAAGAAAGAAGAAGAGCCAGAAUCAGAUGACUCAAGCGAUGACGACCUUGGAAUCAAUAUGAUGGAAAAAUCAGCCGAUAGACCCUUACAACGUGAUAACAUUGACACGGACGAAGUUGUAGAUAUUAUAAGAGAUUAUCAAACAGAUAGAAUCGUUUAUAAUUCAAAAAAGGAGCAAUUAAGUCCGAAAAAGAAUUAAGGGAACAUUGACUGUUUUGGAAGAAAUAUUUGAGGAGACAUCAAAUAUGAUGGAAUGGGAACACAUAAACUUGCA